AUGGCCAACGUGAAGCAUGUUCGACGUAGAGUGGCUGGAAAUCAGCUCAUUGGAAGGUACAUGGAGUUUCCGAGGAUCUAUCGCAUCCUCGGCAGGCCCCAGUCUGCUUCUGCCGUUUCCGCGCAUAUGUUUGGGGUGUCGAUCCCCUCUCACAACUUUGUCCUGGAUACAUGCUGGAACAGCUUCCCAAAAACGUUCUAUACGCGAGCUACUCCUCCUCACCCACUACCUCCGCCUCAACACACCUCAAAGCCCUCGCUCAUCACCCCGGAACGUCCCAAUCCUCUGCGUCCACUCCUCACCAACAUCGCCUUCUGCCAGUUGUUUGCCGUGUGUCUAAGCGGCAACUACAAGGACCCAAAGUACAGGUUACUUCUCACCCUCGGAGCUCUCUCUGGCGUGAGGAUCCAGCCUUUAGAUUCGUUCCUCCUUCAACUUGGAUUCAUUGUUGUUUUGAAGGAUGGGACGGCCACUGGGACCUGCUUUUCUGCUGUGGAAUCAUCGUCGUGCUUCAUCAUAACUCACUGGGACUGCCGUCUAUACACUGGAGCUGUCCCUUCGCAUUCAGACCUGGCGUCUCAUCAAUUCGAUUGGUCGAGUAUGCAUGUCGUCCCGACUGCACAUGCGCAGGGGUCCGACCUCUCCGGACAGGGCGGGGUCCAGUCAGACGUCGCCUUAUGUUGA